UACCCCUUUAUUGUGUACACUUCAAGGGGCAAACGAUUUUCUGCCAAUGAUAUGAAGUUUAUUUUGACAUUUAAAAACAAUGAUAUGAGGACGUAGCCUUUCCCGAAGCCAAAUACAAAGACCUCACUCUAGGCUGGCAGUCAAUUACCAACCGUGUCACGUCGGCGGGUGGGGCCGCUCAUUUCUCCACCUGUUCCGGCUCUCUCCGCUCCACUGUGUCGGCAGCGAUGAACAAAGACUGUGUCUUGCUGGCUGCUGUUUCAUUGCUGUCUGCCAUUCAGCAGGCAUAUUUUGCAGUGCGAGUAGGAAAUGCCAGGAAGAAGUAUAAAGUGUUGCCACCAGCAGUUACAGGAUCGCCUGAUUUUGAGAGAAUUUUCCGCGCACAGCAUCCUUUCACGCAGCUGGUCUAUAGCCAUCUUGGGAAGAGAUGCUUUCCAGUAAUCAAUUUGGCUUUCGGGAGGUUCUUGUGCAACUGCCACUGGCAGAACUCGGUUGAAUUCUAUCCCAUGUUCUUGAUUGUGUUAUGGAGUUCUGGACUGUUUUUCAAUCAAGAAAUUGCCUCAAUCGUUGGCCUUCUGUACCUGUUCAGCAGGUUCAUGUACUUUAAUGAAUAUGCAAAGUCAGCAAAGAGAAGGCUCCCUGGGUUCAGAAUCGGUAUAGCAGUGCUGCUGAUAUUAGCCAGUAUGAGUAUUGGAGGAAUCACAAAUUCUCUGUUUGACAAAUAUUUUGAUUUUAACAUAGCGAAAAAGAUCAAAAAAAUGAUUUUAUGAUAUGCAGGCAGUUGAGCCAAAAUACAGAUGAUUAUUGUAUAUUUUAAGUUUCAAAUAAUGCAUGAUUUAAAACACCCUUUUAUGAAUAUCCAUUGAAUAUCUGUAAUUCACAUACAUCAUAUUAAGAUGCCAAAUAAAACAUUUAA